UCUGGUGAACGCGGCCAAGGAGAGAAAAGAGAGAAUGCCUGGCAUUGAUCGCGGCCUCCCCGGUCCUAGGCGCCACCGAUCGAUUGAUCCGCGCAGCAAUCCACACAUCCCUUCCCUCUCGCGAGCGCGCUCUCCUCCUACUCCCAAUUCUCCGCGGCUGAUCGAUUGAUGCCGCCAUUGCCCGCCAGGCAUCCGCGAGCGCCGAGAUCGAUCGCGAAAUAUCGGGUAAGAGCACAGAAUCCCCAAGAAUCCAGUGGUCGUCGAGCACAGUGGCUACCUCGCGAUAUUUAGGGUUCUUGAAUCCGCGAGGAGGACCAAGGAUGGAAUGCAGGAGGAGCUGGUAAAUCAUGUGCGCACGCGGCGAUCUCAGCAGCACACGAGGAAGAAGAUCAUGAAAUCCGGCAGCGCAGCCGCCGGUGGUGUCCUCCAUCCAGUCCUGCGGAGAUCCCUCACCAACGCCGCCUCCACUCCGCGCAAGAGCAGCGGCAGCAGCAGCCCGGAGCGCGGCGGCGGCGGCGGCGUUCUCAUCGGCCCGGGGCCGCUCAUCCGCCUCUGCCUCCACGCCGUGGCCUGCAUUGCCAGCCUCGUCAUCGGCUUUCGAUUCUCGCGCGAGACGCUGCUGGUGCUCGUCAUCAAGCAGCCCGAGCUCGCGAUUCUCAAGGCGCCACAGCAGCAUGUCCAGCAGCAGCCCCGCGAGCUCAUCGACGUGGGGAUCAAAUUCCCAUAUGUGGAGCCCGGCCUUGGAGUCCGGGAUGGAGUCCGAGAUGGCGGAGGUCGGCUACCCGAGGCGAGGACCAAGAGCGGCCGCGUCCACGUUGGUCGCCACGAGAUUCUCAUCCGGCCAUGGCCACACCCCGACUCCGCGGAGAUUUACCGAGCCCACGCGCUGCUGGAGAGGGUCCAGGUGGAGCAGCAGAGCUUGUAUGGGCCCAAGGAGAGGAAGACGGUGAUAGCGAUCACGCCAACUUUCGCCAGGACUUUCCAGGCGAUCCAUCUCUUGGGUGUCAUGCACACGCUGCGAGCGGCUCCUGGGCCGGUGAUCUGGAUUGUUGUCGAGGCUGGCGGGCGAUCGAACGAGACGGCUUCUAUUCUCGCUUCCUCGAGGCUGGAGUUUGUGCACCUGGGGGUGAAGGACGCGAUGCCUGUGGCGUGGGAGCAGCGGCGGAGAAUGGAGACGAGGCUCCGGAUCGAAGGAUUGAGUCACGUGAGACGCGAGAAGCUCGACGGCCUGAUCCUGUUCACCGACGACAGUAACGUGCACAGCCUCCAGCUCUUUGACGAAAUCCAAAAGGUGAAAUGGAUCGGAGCUUUGUCAGUUGGACUUUUAGAAACCGGGUCAGGAGCAACGGAGACGGCGAGCUCGAUGGUAGCAGCAGCAUCAUCCGCAAAACCGAGAUUGCCAGUCCAAGGCCCGGCUUGCAACGAGACAUGUCACGUAGUUGGCUGGCACGUACUCCGGCCGUCUCCAGUCGAUGGAGAGGACGACUCCUCGUCCUCGUUCACGGACGUUGCCGGGGGCUUGACGGACGUGGCAACGCACCUCGAGUGGUCGGGCUUUGUCAUCAACUCGAGAGCAGUGUGGGACGAGGCUGAGAGCGAGAACGAGGAGGAAGAAGCAUCAUCAUCAACGAUGGAAGACGAGCAACAAGAAGAAGACGCAGAGAGAGCCUCGACAAGGAGGAAGCCCGAGUGGAUCAACGAGUGGAAGGAAUGGAUAAGCGAGGACAGUGGAAGCCCGCUGAGGCUGGCGAAGGACCAGGGAUUCAUCGAGGCUCUCGGCAACUGCGGGCGAGAGGUGAUGCUGUGGUGGAUCCGGGUGGAAGCCCGAGCCGAUAGCCGAUAUCCUCCCAGGCAAGUUGCUCUAUGCCCGACUCGGGGAUACCAUAUAUACCAGCUAACGCGUUUACCACACAGGUGGUCUUUAACUUCGCCACUGGAGAUCACUGUCCCGGCACAGCGCACGCCGUGGCCCGAGUUUGUGGAGACUGAAUCCACAGGAGGCGCGGGAUCGGCGAGCCGGAAGAUGGAUCCGUCAGAGAAGCGUGCUCGAUCCAAGGCUGCGCGUCGAGCGAAGAGACAAAGAGACUCCAAAGUAGGAGUCGAUGGUGGUGGUGGUGGCGGUGGCGGCGGUGGUGGCGGCGGUGGUGGCGGCGGUCAUCAGAAACUUUCAUAAAGUAAUAAAAAACGAGGUACCGUGUCUCUUUCUCUCUCAAAUUCUUUUGUACUAUCGCGUAAUAAGCGGAGAUCGCCACCGAGGUUUUGCUUUUCUUCUUUUUUUUUUUUUUUUGUCUUUGGUUUUGUUUUGUUCUUCCAGUCAGUGUAUAUAAAAAAAAUUCUUAGAAAUCUCUGUUCUUCCACCAGCUGGAGAAGCUAGCUAUCUUCUUUUACAAAAACGCUUUGAUUCUCUCUAUAAUCUUCCACCAGCUGGAGAGAGAACACAGGGA